AUGGGAUUGUUCGAUAAGAAGUCGAUCGAUACCCUGGGCGCGCCUGAAAUGAAUACGAACCUCAAGUCUGGCACAACCACCGUCGUCCCAAGCCAGAAUGUCUCCAGUACAGAUCUGGAGAAGCAUUCACAAUUGGGAGACACCAAAGAAGAAAAGGACUCAUCGACGGCGUCGACAGACGGAGAGAAAUCCCUCCAGACAGAUCAGCCUUCUAAAUCAAUGGACGAGAAGUUAGGAACCACCCUAAUCAACGCACCGCCCGCCAUCUCCGCCAUCUCAGGUAGCAAAGCAUCAUCCAUUGUGGAAAUCAAAAAUGAAGAGGUUCGCGCGAACCCUGCCGCCCCUGACGAGGAUGAAAUCGUGUAUCCAAGCGGGCUCAAGUUGGCUUUGAUCACACUCGCGCUGUGCUUGGCCGUCUUUCUUGUUGCUCUCGACAACACCAUCAUUGCGACCGCCAUCCCCAAAAUCACAGAUCGUUUCAACUCUUUGGGUGAUGUUGGAUGGUAUGGCUCCUCUUAUCUGCUCACCACGUGCGCUUUACAACUCUUUUUUGGAAAAUUGUACACCUUCUACCCCAUCAAGACUGUGUUUCUAGCCUCCAUUGGGGUUUUCGAAGUUGGCUCUGCCAUUUGCGGAGCUGCUCCUACGUCCGCUGCCCUAAUUGUUGGUCGUGCCAUCGCUGGAGUCGGCUCAGCUGGUAUCUUUUCUGGCGGUCUUAUCAUCAUCGCCUAUACGGUCCCUCUCAUCAAGCGUCCAAUCUAUACCGGAGUAGUAGGGGCCAUGUACGGAAUUGCCUCUAUUGCCGGUCCUCUCCUCGGUGGUGUUUUCACAGAUAAGGUCAGCUGGCGCUGGUGCUUCUACAUCAACCUUCCCAUCGGAGCUGUCACGGUAGCUGUCAUCAUCUUCUUCUUCCAUUCACCCGCUCGCAAGGCUGAAACCAAGGUCCCUCUCAAGGAGCGAGCACAUCAACUCGACCUCGGCGGAACCAGUCUCUUCAUAGUUGACAUCGUGGUCUGUCUCCUUGCCCUUCAGUGGGGAGGCUCCAAGUAUCCUUGGUCGAACUGGCGAAUCAUUUUACUUCUAACGCUCUUCGGUGUAUUGACCAUCGUGUUCGUGAUAACUCAAUAUUUCAUGAAAGAACACGCCACUAUCCCUUUCCACAUCAUUAGCCGUCGCAACGUUGCCGCGGCGUGUUGGUUUGCAUUUUGUCUCGGGGGAGCUUUCUUCGUCUUGGUAUACUGGCUACCAAUCUGGUUUCAAGCCAUCAAAGGUGCAUCGGCAUUCAAGUCUGGAAUCAUGUGUAUUCCAAUGGUGCUGUCUCUCGUUAUUGCGAAUGUGAUCUCGGGGAUCGGCACCACCGUCGUCGGCUACUACGCCCCAUUCUACUUCGCAGGACUCGUGUUCUCCUCGAUUGGCGCGGGGCUCCUCAGCACGAUGGACACUGCGACCGGCCAUGAGAAGUGGAUCGGAUACCAGGUCAUCUACGGAUUCGGCAUUGGUUUCGGCAUGCAACAACCACUCAUCACCAUUCAAACCGUGUUACCACUCAAGGACAUUCCCACUGGGACUGCGUUGGUCAUGUUCGUCCAAACAUUCGGCGGUGCUUUGUUCGUCUCAGUCGCCCAGAACAUCUUCAACAACCGCCUCAUCAGCGAAUUGCCCAAGCAAGCUCCCGGGGUCAACCCCGAGAUCAUCCUGCACACCGGCGCCACCAGUCUGGCGACCAGUCUCCCCGCGAACCUUCUGGCCGGUGUCAAAGAAGCAUACAAUACGGCAUUGACCGAGACCUUCUACAUUGCGGUGGCCAUGGCCUGUCUCAUGAUCUUCGCUGCGGUUUUUAUCGAGUGGAAGUCCAUCAAGGCCAAGAAGCCUGAAGACACUGAAACUGCACCGCCUGCUUAA